CGCAUUACAGUUUUCGGGGUCCAAUACCACAAACAUCCUCGCUGUGCCUGAAGUUCCUGUGUCACGCCUUGCAUUCAGUUGGAACAACCUCCAGUUCAGAAUAUGCCCCUUGGCGGCUCGAUCGUUAACGGCUAUCGGUCCACAGACGGGAACGGAUUUCGCGAUGGCCUGCGUAGGCAACUUAUUGCUGAUGACGCCCGAGUGAAUAUGAUUGGCAGCAAGAAAACUGGAGCAAUGAUUGAUAACGACAAUGGAGGAUGGCCAGGCUACGUUAUUGCCCAGACGUUCCACACAACCGACUACUCCAUCCCUUCUCAACCCAACGUCGUCCUACUACACGUCGGUUCGAAUGACAUGACAGUCGACGAUGCUGCUGCUACUUCCACCGCCCAUCUUCGAUUAGCUACCAUCAUUGAUAAGCUCUUUGAUUCUAUCUCAGGCGUAACGAUAAUUGCAUCUACACUCCUGCCAAGAAUCGACCCUACGAUCAACGCGAGGACCCAGAUUUAUAACGGCAACAUCCCCGGGGUUGUCCAACAACGCCAGCGUCAAGGAAAGAAGAUACUCUAUGUUGACUUCUCUUCAUCUUGGUUCAGCACAGCCGAUAUCCAUGCCGAUGAUGGACUCCAUCCUACCGACGCAGAAUAUCUGAAGAUGGCAACUGUUUGGAACGAGGGCAUACAACUUACUCAUACACAAGGAUGGCUAACACCGCCAAACGCAGUGCCUGGUCUCUCGGACACCGUGAACGAUCCCUUGGACCUAAUAAUACAACGCGUUGUAACACUGUUGGGUAUUUCAAUGGUCAAAUAGGCUACUCUCGGAUGCGGCGAUUAGGUGGGCCUCGCCGGCAUCUUCUUCCAACUUUUUUGCUUGAAGCGCAGAUGAGGCUUGGGUGAAGUUUGGUUCAGACGGUGUGUUCGACGACUUGAGUUAUCCUUGCAUCUCUCGAGUGGUUCGUGGGCAUCCUGGUUUCUACGUGCGAUCCUUUGCUCUCUAAAUUGCUUGGCAUGCCCAUAUAGAUAGCCGAGAUCUUGCUUUAUUUAUUCUUUUCGUUGCUUUGGUGGGGGAACGAUGUUUUAAAAUAUUUUUUU